AAAUUAGUCUGUUUGUCAGUUUAUAACCACUCAACUCCUAUAAAUGUUUGUUUUUAAUAAAAGCAUGCAUGUGUUGGAGGCUUUGUCGACUGUGUAAUUAAUUAUAUAAUACAAGUUAAAUAAAGAAAUUUUUUAAGAAAUCAUGCCUUGUCUCUAUGUUUUGUUUGAGCAUGCUGCAGGAUAUGGUCUCUUCAAGUCCAUGAAGUUUGAAGAUAUUGAAGAAUUUAAAGAUGUUGUUGAACCUAAUGUUGCUAAAUUAGAAAAAUUCAAGCAAAUUGUGGAAUUAUUAGAUUUUAGAGCUUUCAAAAAUACAAGACAUGCUCUGGAUAACAUGAAUAGCAUGUCUGAAGGUAUAUUGCACCCUGAACUUAAAGAGUUCCUGGAGGAGUCAGUGCCAAAAAAGAAGAAAUCAAUUGUUGGUGUUGCAGAUCCAAAGCUGGCUGUUUCUAUUUCCGAAUUAGGAUUCAAUAUUUCAGCAGAUACUGCUGUUCAAGAGAUCAUUCGAGGAUUGAGACGCCACUUUCAUACUUUGGUUGAAGGGUUUGAAGAUGCAAGCGCUGCAUCUAAGUCCCAAUUGGGUCUUGGUCAUUACUACUCCAGAGCUCGAGUGAAGUUCAAUGUUAACCGAAUUGAUAACAUGAUAAUUCAAAGUAUAAGUUUGCUAGACCAACUUGAUAAAGAUAUCAAUACAUUUGUUAUGAGAGUUCGUGAAUGGUAUAGUUUACAUUUUCCUGAGCUGCUGCAAGUUGUCCCAGAAAAUGCUAUGUUUAUCCAGUGUGUUCAUGUAAUAAAGAAUCGUAAAGAAAUCGAGGGAUUGGAGGAUGAUUUAGAAAAAGUACUUGGUGAUCGAGCUAAAGUUGAAAAAAUCAUGAUCUUGGCUAGGUGCUCCAUGGGUAUGGAUGUAGGAGGUCCUGAUCUUGAAAAUGUCUAUAGUUUUGUGGAAAGGAUAAUGUCUAUGACAGAGAAAAGAAAGGAAAUAAUGGAGUAUUUAAAAGAAAAAAUGCAUAAUGUUGCUCCCAACUUAGCAGCCUUGAUUGGAGAGGUUGUUGGUGCCAGACUCAUUGCACAUUCAGGCAGUUUAACAAACCUUGCCAAAGCUCCAGCUUCAACAGUUCAGAUUUUAGGGGCAGAGAAGGCUUUAUUUAGAGCCUUAAAAACUCGAGGCAAUACUCCAAAAUAUGGUUUGUUGUACCAUUCAAAGUUUAUUGGAAGAGCUGCUAAAGCAGAUAAAGGCAGAAUUUCUCGAUAUCUGGCUAAUAAAUGUGCUGUGGCAUCCAGGAUAGACUGCUUUAGAGAUGUGCCCACCAGUAUUUACGGCGAGAAGAUGAAAGAUCAGGUAGAAAACAGGUUGAAAUUCUUUGAGACUGGUGAAAUCCCAGCGAAGAAUAUAGAUUUGAUGGCUGAAGCUUUUGAAGAAGCAGAAGCUGAAGAGAAACAGGUACUGAAGGAAAGGAAAAGAGCUAUAAAGAAAGCUAAAAAGCAGUUAUUGCAAGAUGUUGAUGAAAGUGCUUUGAUGAAUGGUUUAACUGCAGCAGUUGCCAACCAUGUUGAUACGGGUGAAACAGAAUCUCCAACAAAAAAGAAGAAAAAGAAGCGAAAGCAGAUGGAAGAAGAAUCUGCGGAGACGAAUCAUGAAGCUUCAGAGGACUUUGUAGCUCGAGUAGGCGGCAAAACAAAGGCUGAAUUAAAAGCUGAAAGGAAAGCAAAAAAGAGGAAACUAAUGGAAGAAUCAAUUGAAGAACCAGAAAUGGAUUUAAGUUUAAAUACUUCUGAAGUGAAUGAUGACAUCACACCAAAGAAGAAAAAGAAGAAGAAACAAAAAGAAUUGGGAGCUUAGUAAAAAUGCUGUUAUACUUUCUUCUUAAGGCAUUUUACUCCUCAUUUAUGACAUGUAAUGGAUUAGCUGUUGUUGACAUAAAUAAACAUAUUUUAGUUUUUUUUCUA